AUGAAACCAGAAACUUUAGUCAAGAAAAUAAUAGAAGCUAUAAAAACAGCUUCACCAACUACAAUAACUUAUAAUGGUAAAAAAAUCAGCAUAACUAAAAAACUUAUUGAUAAAUAUAAAUAUUGUAAAGUCAGAGACGAUAUAGACUUGGAAAGAAUUGACGCGAACGCAAAAGAAGGUGGAUUUAUAUUUUUCCUACCUUUAAUAUUUAGUGGACUUAUUGCAGCCGAUACAAUAGCUGGUGCUACAGCUGGUGGAGUAAGCGUUGCCAACGAAAAGAAAGCAGCUGCAUUAACUGCAGCCGAAGAACAUAGACAUAAUUUAAAAAUUGAAAAGUUGGCAGUAGAGGUUAAAAAACCUAAAACGGAAAAGAAAGGUUCAGGAGUGGGAGAAAUGAUAGGCACAAUGAAAGAAUUUGGAAAAAGAUUUAGUGAAGAAACCAAGAAAACUGUUAAACAAGGAUUAAAUAAAUUAGUAGAUAGUAUUGACACAGGAGAAAUCAAAGUCAAACAUAAGGGUAAUGGAAUAUUUUUAAAAAACAUACGCACUGGAGAAGGAAUAUAUCUUUCGAAGUAUAAAGGAGAAGGAGUUAUUUUUGGAACAAAUUAA